GAAAGCUACCCUCCCUAGAAGCAAAACAUGGUGCGCAUUUCUCUAACUUUACGCGUCUUCUUCCUGAGGGAUUAUGGAUUAAAUCUGAGACACACUCAAGCAACCAGGUAAACCAACAAACAGAAAAAAUGGGAAAGUCCAGAAACUGGUUCGGUCUAAUUAGAAGAAAGUUCAAUAGAGUGUCUCAUAGAGAGAUCACUAUUUUCCAUAGCCCAAAUCCCAGCCAAGAAGCAAUCAUUGGAGUAGCAGAAGAAAUCUCAGAAGAAAUAGCCAACUCUGGUAACAGAAGAAGCUCAGUUUCACUGACUUCAUUUAAGAAGAAAGAACCAACCAUGGAAGACAUUGCAGCCAUCAAAAUCCAAGCAAAUUUCAGGGGUCAUCUUGCAAGGAGGGCGUUUCGGGCACUGAGGAGUCUAGUUAAGCUGCAAGCUCUGGUUCGUGGAGUGUGUGUGCGAAGGCAAACACGCAUAGCCAUGCAUUGCAUGCAAGCACUUGUGCGAUUACAGGUCAGGGUUCGAGCUCGGCAACUCCUCAUCAGCCAGUGACUAACACAAUCUCUUUACCAUAAUUACUAUUUCUAAACAUACCAUAAUGUUGCAUCCCAGAAUUCAAUAAUACAUGCAGUGUAACAUUAACAUGUAUCAUGGAAAGCAUUAAAUUUUCCAUCAAAAGUUGUAUACAAAUGUAUCCGGCAAACAAUCAUUUAUAUACUUAUA